AAUCUGUGGUCAAAUGCAUUAAUGCAAAAAGAAAAAGAAAAUACAAAACAAUAUUUUUCUUAAUUAAAUUAAAGAAGACUGAAUCAAACUUUAAUUGAAACUGGAGUUGGACUUGCAAAUAAGUAAAUAAUACGUCGAUAUUCCUGUGAGAAAUUUAGAACAAACAAUCAGAGAAAUGGCUUCUGAAGUAGUUUUAAAGAAUGUAGACAAUGCUUGUGAAACAGCAGAAGAGUUUACUAGAUUAUUUUAUAAACAAUUGGAUAACAGCAGACACCUGACUUCCAAGUUAUAUCUUGACACUGGAUUAUUGGUUUGGAAUGGAAAUGGUAUUAAUGGGAAUGAAAAAAUCCAAAAGUUCUUAAUGGAUUUACCUGCUAGCAAUCAUGUGCUAAAAACUCUGGAUGCUCAACACAUAAAAAAUAACUUGGUAUCGAAUAAACUGACGUACCUGAUCCAAGCAUGUGGCGACGUUACAUACAACAAUGAUCAGGUAAAAACACCAUUCCAACAGACAUUUCUUGUUGUAGCCAUUGAAGGUAAAUGGAAGAUUGCAUCAGACUGUUUUAGGUUACAAGUACCGUACAAUAAUUGAAUUAUGGAGUAAUUAAUAAAUAAAAACAUUGUUAAAAUCAA